CAUCAACAUGUCCCCUCAUUCGAGUUCAUUGUCCGGCAUGGCAAGCGAUUGGGGAUAGGGCCCUUCCUGCUAGGCGCUCAGGGCUAGUAGCUCGAAUGAGUUACGAAGAAGCAGAGGGACCAGGCGCCGGACGCGUGCUGCCCUUUGUGCAUGGCCCGUACCCUCGAUGAUGGCAACGAGAGCGUUGCCUGCCUGCUCCUUCACCUAACCUCUGCGGCCGGCGCGGUCCUGCUUGACUGCUUCCUGCGCGAGAGACGAGACUCACAGAGAAGACUUGCCUGUGCCACCCCAUACCGCUCGAUUAGGACCAGUAUCCUGUCAACACCUGGUUCCCCAUACGAUGUCCGAAGGCAACUCGCCGAUCUCGUCCUCCGAUACGGCGAGUGCGUGGCUGGCGCCGAAGGGCCAGGAGAUCGACUUGAAUGGCGUGUCAGUGCAGCUCCUUGCCACCCGGAUCAUCGCCAUGCAAUGCGAACUGGAGUUCGCCUGCCGCGAGCGCGAUCGGUACCGCGAGAACUGCCACCAGCUCGUCGGCGAACGCGAUCACUAUCUCCAAGAACGCGAUCAGUGCACUUGCGAGCGCGACUGCUACAAGGCGCAACGCGACCACUACCGAGCUGAGCGCGACCGCUACCGCGACCAGCGCAACUACUUCCGCGACCUCCUCAAGCAGGAAAUGGGCAACAAGGAGGCAGCUAAGCGCGCGGAGGAGAAGCUGGCGGCGGUGGGGAGGAGCAAUGGGCGCGGGCGAGGUGGCGUGGUGGGUGGAGAAGAGAUCGUUGGUGGAAGGGAGGGGACAGCGCCGAUGGUGUGGGAGGAACAGGUUCUCGGUGCUUGGGCGCAGGCGCCGGUGUCGAGUGUCCGGGACGAGGACGAAGAACAGGAGGACGCACCUCUGGACCUUCUUUGGGAUCCUGCCUCGCAGGCCUUGUCGUCCUCGGUCGCCGCGAGGCCUGCGUCGGAUGAGCGCGAGGACGUUCCUUCGGCAUCGCUGGCCUGGGAGGAAGAGAGGUCGGCGAUGGUAAUGGGCGAACUUGGGCUCUUUGACGAGGACGAUGAAGACAGCGAGGGGGAACGCGAAGACGUACGCGACAAAGUACGAGGACCGGGCGACGACAACGACGCGGAGGAAGGAGGUGCACCUGUUCAGGAUGCCUUCGACACCAGCUACGAGGAUGACCUGUAUGUGGACCACGGCGACGACACGAACGCAAGUGAGCGAUCCGCAAACUUACACGCCCGCGACAUCGAUGCAGCCUCAGGAGCAUCCGCUGCUCCUCUAGAAACCUCCGAAGCCGAUUUCUCCUCAUAUCCAGUCCUGGACUCCUCCAUGUACCCCGCACCAGGUGCCCUCUCCCCACCUUCGCCAGAGGUCUCCUUACCUCCCUCUCCUACUGCGUCUGACGAGUCAUCGUUUGUGAGCUCGGCUGCAGGGAGCAGUAGCGAGGAGAACCGUGAAGAGAUCUGCGAAGAGGAUCGCGGCGGGAGUAGCGAGGAGGACCUCGGGGGCGGCAGCAAGGACAGUCACGGAGGCUACAACUACAAGAUGUCGUUGCAAGAGCGGCCCUCGACGCCAAGUCUGCGGCGCUCGCUUCCGCUGCGUCUGAGGGAUCGCGCGGGCUGGGGGAUGCGGGACGAAUGGGAGGUAGAUGGCGACGAGUGGGAGGCAGACGGGGCAGACGAAGCCGUGCGCGCCCAGACGAGGAUGGAUGCGCGUCGAUGCGUGGAGGAUAGCCUGGGAGAAGAUUACCGCGAGGGUCACGGUGAAGAGUACCCCGAGGACUACGCCGAAGAUUAUGCAGCUAGCACGGACGAUGAAGCUCACCCCGCGGAUGAGGACCCUCGGUCUGCGGACGACCACCACGUACCUGACUACUCGCUCGUGCUCGAUGGCUUGGAGGACUGCUGCUUCGGCGCGCCAGCUGGAGGCUCUGACGGGAUCAACGAGCGCGUAGGGCCUGGUGGGCCGUCCGACACUGCAAAACACGUCGGCUUAGCCGACAGCGUAGGCCCCGGCUUCCACCACGCCAGCGCCGAUGACCAGCUGCUGAGCCGCAUCUCGCUGAGCUCGCUCAACCUCGGAGUUCAUUGUGACUUGUCGGAGGAUAUGGAGGCGGACGGGAUGGGAAUGGCGCUGCUGGGUAUGGAGGGUGAGUCGAGGCCCUCGAACGCGAACCCUGUGUUCUUUCGCCCGAGCGCGGAUCUCGUGGUGAGCACGAACGCUGGGUACUAUCAAUCGCGCGCAAACAACAGGCCCUCGCCUACACACACGGAUGCCUCCACGCCUGCCGACGCAAGCAGCGCCUCCUCCGGCUGGUAUGGGGCCGAUGCGCAGAUGCUGAGGGGUGGCCGUCAGCAAGCUGAGGCGAAGGAUCGUCCGCACCAGGCGAACGAUAUACUGUAUCAGACGCGUCGAAGCCCGAUCAACAGCACUCGGCACCUGGUGGGCACCGCACAAGUCAAGAUGGCCGAUGUCCUGUACCAGACGGUAGGCGACAUCUUGUAUCAGACGAAUGGCGUUCAGCCUCGGCCAGCCGAUACACUGUACCGGACGAGCGACGUCCACAAUCAAGCAGGCAGUCCUCGACCCCGGCCCGAGCUAGGCGAUGCACUGUAUCAGACGAGCAAUGGCCUUCAAUCGCACCCCGACCUUGGUCAGAAGAUGUGGCCGAGCGGGUAUACGCCCGAGAACUCGAACUGGUUCGAGGAUGGGUAUGAUCCGGCGGAGGACGUGCGUGUCGCGGCGGGGGAAGUGGAUGAGGCGGAGGAUGUGUGUAUCGCGGCGGAGGAUGCGCAGCAUGGGCAGGUGGAUGGGUCGGAGGAGGACGACUACAACGAGGAGAUGGAUGAAGAUGAAGACGUUCAAGCGGACGAAGAUGGAGAUGUUCCGGCGGACGAAGACGGACACGUUCAGGGAGACGACGACGAUGCAGCAGGCAUCAGGGCCGAGGCGGACGGUGAAGCUGUCGAAGGCUUCGUCGACGAUCUCGGUGCUGGCGACCACUACGACGAUCCCGUCUGGGAGAACGAGGACGUUAUCGAGGACAGCGCAGAGGCCGACUGGGACCUGCCGAUGUCUCGCCAUGGCUGCAUGGGUCGUGCGCCCCGCGGUUCAGGCAUGAACCGUGUGUGCUCGACGCAGUCGCUGUGGGAUGCGUGGGAUAACGCUGGCGAUGACGAUCAGGGUUGGGAUGAGGAGGGAGAUGACAAGUCAUUUGUGACCUGUUAGUUCUGAAUGGACUGCGGUGUAGUUUUUCGACUGCGUCUCACUUCUGUAUUACUACUGCAGCAAUGAGUAUAUGACUUAU